AUGACGAUUGACAAGGGUUUCGAGUACACUUGGAUGGCUCGACAUAUUCAUCGAAUUCUGGACAUUGAAAUAAAAAUGGUGGCUGCAUCGAAUAUCGGGGAAGAAGAAUUUCUAUUGUAUUCUGGUAGAGCUACAUGGGCAGAAGCUGUAGUACAAUGUAGAGAGAAAGGACUUCAAGUUGCUGAAGUUAGAAGUGUGAAAGAAGCCCAAACGCUCGCAGCUUCUAUGCUGCGGAAUAGACCAGCUGUCGAGAGCGCUUGGAUCGGUGGAUAUACAAAGAAAACUGAACCCGGAACAUGGCGUUGGUUGGUCUCGGGAGAAGAAAUAAGAUAUAACGGGAUGAGGCUGAGAAAUUUAAGCCAAUCUAUCGGAGGUUGUCUUCUAUUGGAUAGACACUCGAGCGAAAUACCGGUCUAUGUCGAAGCCAAAUGCGAUCGUAAACGUGACGUACUUUGUCAAAAACCAAGUUUCAAAAAACGUGCAAGCACAAAACCAGUGAGAGUUUUCGUUUCCGGUUGUUCCUAUUGGAUUGGUUUCCAGCCUUCAACAUGGUCUAAAGCGAGGAAAUCCUGUGAAUUGAUGAAUGCCUCGUUAGUUGCGCUGGAUUCACCAGAAAAAAUAUCUCACAUGAUCAGUUUGAUGGUGGACAACAAAGCAGGUUUUGGUGUCAGUUGGACCCCGUGUAAUUUUCCAUCGUGGCAUUUGCCCCGUUUCAUUCUCCACUGUAAAACUCUCCUACUGUGGCAAUUGGACACCGUGGCAAAUGCCCAACCGUGCAUUUACCCCGUAGGGCUAUUGACCACCGCAGCAGUUCGACAUUUCCCCGAUGCUCGCGUAUUCCCACUUUUCACACCAUCAGGCUCAGCCGUCCUCACCAUGCUCGAUAUGCCUUCGUUAUAA